CUUGCCCAUUGGGUACCUGCGGAUACAGGCCCUGGUGCAGAACUGCCUGCCUGCCUGCUCUCCAAACGUCGAUAUACAAAAGAUGCAGCUUCGCCUUCCCAACUUCUGCCUCUCCGACUUGGCCCUCCCCAUCUCACCACCUCAUACACGCUGCCACCGGUCUGGAUCUUGGUUCGGCACUGCCUUUUCUCUCACAGCAAAGACUCACUCGAACGCAAUUGGAACCUCAAAAGCUUUUUAAUCGCCCUGAUUCCCAGCCAUAUACCGCCUGUUCACACAGUCGACCCCAUACCACCUUUUUUUCUUCUCGACACAUUCGACAGAAGUCAACGGCCAGCAACCCGCGCAGCCCGCUCUUUGCCAACCACAAACAAACCACAAACACCAUCGACCCCGCGUCGAACACACACAACCGACACAAUGGCUCUCGACAUCCAGUGGGACCACCAGUUCUGCCUGGCCUGUGACAAGCAGACAGACGGUGCCACCUACUGCUCAGAGUCCUGCCGCCUGGCCGACUACGAGAAGACGUCCUCCGCCGCCAGCUCGGGCGCGAGCUCACCAGCACUUCCCGGUCCGCACCACGCCUGGGGCUCCUCGAGCUCCUCGUCUCACGCCUCUGGCCUCUACCUCUCGCCCGCCCUCGACUUCCUCUCCCAGUCCUCGGCCCGGUCCUCGGCCCGCCCGCUCUCACCCUCGAGCUCCCACUCCAGCCUGUCCUCCAUGGGCAGCAGCAACGCCGCGAGGGCAUCCAACGAAGCGCACCAGCUCUCCGAGAAGGCCAGGAGGGAGCUCCGGGCCUACGCCAGCACCUUUGAGCAGGUUCGGUUGCAACGCCGCCGGUCAUACUAAACACACCCCACAUAUACACACAUACACAAUACACACGAUGACGCCGCGAUCGCUCUCGAGGUCCUAUUUCACCCUACGAGGCCAUUGAUGGCAACAUCACCUACUAUUACCAGCUCCCGUCGCGGACACCCACCCUACUCUACGAAACGAACUCCCACCUCAACACGACGUCAACUAAACACAUACUCUUUUUUUUCUUUCCUUUGUUGUAACAAGAAAAUGGGCAUCGCAUCGGAGCACAGCAUCAUCCUCCAAAAAGUUUCUGUUUUUCUAUUCUCUUCUCUGGGUUAUCAAGAUUGGAACGGUUAUCCACCAACACCUUUUCUUCUGUUUCUUUCCUCACGAGGCGUCUCUUUUGGGUCGACCCUCGCGGCCCUCUACACUUGGGGGCCGACAGGAUUCCUUGCUCUUGUAUCAUGAGAUAAACACCUCUGGCGGAGCUACCCAGUAGCCAUGUCUGCCCUUUUUUUUUUCUCCCCGGGCACCAGGAUUGGCUUCUUAUUUUUUCUCUCCUUUAUUUGUUGGGCCCGGGAGAAUGUGCGCAUGGAACACCCGAAUGAUAUCAGCCGCCACAGAUGUGGCUUGGGCAUGGAAUGGCUUAUUUACGGGGAGGGGGUUUUCGGCGUUGGAACCAGGGCGCCACCAUAUGCUGGUGGCUGCCUUUGCUGGACAUUGAGCGCUCUCGCCACCGAGACUCGCUACAAUAUCCGCUGAGGGUUUAUUUUUUUGCCCGUCACACAAGGAAAAGACACUUGUCGACGGCAGUUGGAUAUAAAUAUCUAGAUCUGAGGAGGUUGCGAAGCACUUGCUGCUCGCUUGCGUCUGGGAUCGUCUCAGGCUGGCUAAAAACAAUCAGAAGCACCAAAGUUCUCGCCUCCACGCGCUGUUCCCCAUUUCCCAUCGUCAUUCCAUCCUUCUUGCUCCGACUGCAGAAAUUGCAUCAUAUCUAGGC